AUGUUGAAGAUUCAGAUCCACAUGAACCUUGCUAUAUGUACGGCCCUAGGACAGACUCUUUUUCUCGUCUUGGCCGAACAGACAGAAAACAAGACCUUUUGCAAGGGUGUGACGGCGACACUGCACUAUGUAUUCACAUCAGCUCUUGCAUGGACGGUAAUUGAAGGGGUGUUCCUUUACCGGACAACUGCAGUAGGGUUCAAGCCACUGAGGAUUGGAUGGCUCUGUCUCCUCGCUUACGGGGGCUCCUUUGUGGUAGUUGGAGUGUCUUUUGGUGUUCUCUUCGAAUCAUAUGGAAUGGGUAAAUUCUGUUGGCUGCGCGUCGAGGACAAAAGUAUCUUCGUCUUUGCAGGAUGCGUCUUCGGGACAGAGUUGUUCAGUGUGAUGAUCCUGUGGUUUGUUAUGAAAGUGUUCAGUGCGCUGAAGGCAAAUAAGAAGAAGGAUGAAAUCGACAAAAUAAAAGCCACUGCUCGUGCUUUGAUCAUCCUCCUACCAAUCCUUGGUUUAACCUGGAUCUCUGGAACGAUUACCAGUUCCACGCAAUCCCCGAAGGUCACCUGUUUUCAGUAUGCAUUCAUAAUCUGCUUUUCCCUCCAGGGUGUCGCCAUAUUCGUGUUUCACUGCUUGCUUGUCCCGGAUGUAAAAACGGCAUUGAAGCUUCGGAUGAGCCGUCGUGUUGUUGACAGCACCUGGGCAAAGUCAAGGACGACCAAGUCAACCACCACAACAAGCUUCUAAAGAGAGGCAACCAGGCGGACGAUGGGGAAUAUCAGCAUCACAUCUUUACUGCAUACACUGCAAAAACUCUGGUGUUGCUUUAACACCAGUCUGGAAUCUACAUACUGUAUGUCUACACCAGAGAAGUGUUAACACCAGUUCCAUUUUGGUCUAAAACCAGAUAGGUGUUCAUACAACACCAAUUAGUAUUACAAAAGCAUCGGUUUGAUUCCGAACUGGUGUUGUUUCAAUACUUCUCUGGUGUGGACAUAUAGAUUCCGGGCUGGUGUUAAAUCAACAUCGGUGUUUUGCAGAGUAGGACAAAGUCUGGGAUGACCAAAUUAACCGCCACUUCAAGCUUUUAAAGAGAGACAACAAUGGGGAUGAUGGAAUGUAUCUGCAGCCUUUUCCUUUCUGCACCUUAUUCAUAUUGUUCAAACAAUCUUCAGUAUUCUUAUGUCAGUUCAACUGUCAUCUUGAAAAUGUAUAUUUACAAUAUACAUGAAACAAUGUAAAUGAACUGUACGCUUUUCAUUUCUUCAUUAUCGAACAAAAAUGAAAAAUAAAAAAAUCUUUGCAGGCCAUGAGUAUGCAUAGUACAUCAAUUUAAGUCUUUAUUUUUCCUUUACUUAAAUACUAGUACUCUUCUCACCUAAAGGAAUUAUCUAACCAUGAUACAUAUUGAAUAUACGUAGACGUUUAGUAUAGCCUUGUGCAAGUCUGAGUGUUGUUGAUUAAGAAAUAUUGUUUUGUGAAAGUAUAAAUCCUAGACAAAGUGCAUGCCGAUCUUUAUCGCCAUCGUGUGUGUGCAUAUGUGUGAAUAUAUGUGUGUGUGCGUGUGGGAGUUUUUUUUUGCAUCAAAAUAUCUGGGUGUUUUUUUUAAAUUUCAUUGUCAAAAUGUGCGUGUUCCAUCAACUUCUAGAUAUAUUAACCAUUAAAAAAAUUGUUUUUCACACCUGCAAUGUAAAUAUUCUCGUUCGUCAGUCUAUGAAUAUAGUAACAUUGGAGACGUGUUGAUGAAAUUCUUAUGCAUAUGUUGUAGCAAUAAUGAAAUUAAAUUGUAUACAAGCGUAGAUUUACACUAUGAGUAGGUGUAUAAUAUUACCAUGAUAAGCGUACGGUGUUCAUAUUGGUUUAAAAGGGAUCGUCGAACCCAUUUAUCACUUUCUGUCUGUCUCUGAAUGAGCUGAGACACACAGGAAUCCCUCGAACGUUUAGCGUACUAAACUAAUAUACUUGAACUCAUCGAAUCUCUUGUUGUAUAUCUAAUGUAAAUAGGAAAGUGAAUGGCAUUUAUCACUCUGAUGCCACCAUUGUCAUUAUGUUAAUUAUGUUAAUUUAUUAUCAUUGUAGUGAAUAUUAACCAUUUAGAGAUUGCGCAUUAUUAUCAUUUUCAUUAUUACUGUUUUCAUAAUAAUAAUAGUUAUCAUUAUCAUUGAUAUUAUCAUCAAUAAUAAUAAUGAUAGUUAUUGUAAAUUAUUACAAUAAUAAAUUAUUAUCAUUGUAUGUAAUGAGCAUUAACCAUUUAGCAAUUGCGCAUUAUU